AUGACAUUUUUCCUUGUACAGGUUCAUGGGCAUAAAGGGGUCCGGUUCCAAAACUGGGCAAGGACCUAUGGCUGUUGCCCAGAGAUGUACUAUCAGCCCACAUCUGUGGAAGAGGUUAGAGAGGUACUGGCCCUGGCCAGGCAGCAGAACAAGAAGGUGAAAGUGGUGGGUGGUGGCCACUCACCCUCGGACAUUGCCUGCACUGAUGGCUUCAUGAUCCACAUGGGAAAAAUGAACCGGGUUCUCCAGGUGGACAAGGAGAAGAAGCAGGUAACCGUGGAGGCUGGCAUCCUCCUGACAGACCUGCACCCACAGCUGGACAAGCACGGCCUGGCUCUGUCCAACCUGGGAGCUGUGUCAGAUGUAACAGCAGGUGGCGUCAUUGGAUCCGGAACCCACAACACAGGGAUCAAGCACGGCAUCCUGGCCACUCAGGUGGUGGCACUGACUCUGAUGACAGCUGAUGGGGCGAUUCUGGAAUGUUCCGAGUCCAGCAACGCAGAGGUGUUCCAGGCCGCACGGGUGCACCUGGGCUGCCUGGGAGUCAUCCUCACCAUCACCCUGCAGUGCGUGCCCCAGUUCCACCUGCAGGAGACGUCCUUCCCCUCAACCUUGAAGGAGGUCCUGGACAACCUGGACAGCCAUCUGAAGAAGUCCGAGUACUUUCGCUUCCUCUGGUUCCCACACAGUGAGAACGUCAGCAUCAUCUACCAGGACCACACCAACAAGCCCCCCUCUUCUUCAGCCAACUGGUUUUGGGACUAUGCUGUUGGAUUCUAUUUACUGGAGUUCCUGCUCUGGACCAGCACCUUCCUGCCUUGCCUCGUGGGCUGGAUCAAUCGCUUCUUCUUCUGGCUGCUGUUCACCCGCAAGAAGGAGAACAGCAACCUCAGCCACAAGAUCUUCACCUACGAGUGUCGCUUCAAGCAGCACGUCCAGGACUGGGCCAUUCCCAGAGAGAAGACCGAGGAGGCCCUCCUGGAGCUGAAGACCAUGCUGGAAGCCCACCCCAAGGUGGUGGCCCACUACCCCGUGGAGGUGCGCUUCACACGGGGGGAUGACAUCCUGCUGAGCCCCUGCUUCCAGAGGGACAGCUGCUACAUGAACAUCAUCAUGUACAGGCCCUACGGCAAGGAUGUGCCGCGGCUGGACUAUUGGCUAGCCUACGAGACCAUCAUGAAGAAGUUCGGGGGCAGGCCCCACUGGGCCAAGGCCCACAACUGCACCAGGAAGGACUUUGAGAAAAUGUAUCCUGCCUUUCCAAAGUUCUGCGCCAUCCGGGAAAAGCUGGACCCCACUGGGAUGUUCCUGAAUUCAUAUCUGGAGAAGGUGUUCUACUGA